AUGUAUGCACCAGGCACCCAAGAGUUUGAUCUUUCCCCCGUAAGGGCUUCCUCGUCACGACCAAAAUCCUGUCAGGCAGGCACGGCUUGUAUGAAGCCAAGUCUGUCGCAGCUUCUUAGUAGCUCCUGCUCGAGAGCAACCCAGCUUAGACCAGCAAGCAAGUCACCACCACCACCGGCCUGUCAACGAGGGUUACCUGACGAUCAAAAUCCAAUUCGUGCCGGGGUGGAAUUGAGUUUCGACAAGCACCCACCGGUGCGAUCGUCUACUCCUCACCCACUUUGUCGGGACCUCACUAUCGGACCAGUCCCUUACCACCCGAGUCGUGCUCGCGCGUCUGUCGGCGCUUCCGUGGGUGGACUCGCCGGGCAACAAGAAGAUAGCUCAGAUUCACAGCCCCAGCACGAAGGGAAAGCUCCGCUUCUGCCUUCUUUCAUCCCGAUCGAGCAUCCCCGGGGGAUCCCUGCUGGCACAUUGGAGCAAAGGCUUUCUGCACGGAUCCCGACGGAGCCUGACUGGAACCGUCGACCGGUCCAGUGGAAGACCUCGAAUCUAGACAUCGACGCUGCCUUGCUGACAGGCACUCCUCUUGGGCAUCUGGUCGUCAUGCGGUUCCGUCUACUCGUCACAGACCACCACGGGUUGCGCUGUCCUCUACUGGGUUCUAUUGGGUUGGAAAUAGGUCACCGGUGCGGCCGGGAUGGAUCGUUGACGACUAAAAGCCCAAGGGAAGUGUCGGAAGAGGAUAAGAGAGGGGGAGGGAGCUACUGUGAAAAGGCGCGCGCAUAUGGGCCGCAGAGCUCGGACCGCUUGCCGGGUCGAGCGCAUACCCGAUUCGAUGUGUAG